AUGGAUCGCCCCAGGAGAGCAAGAGGACCAUUGCGACGCGUAUUCACGACGUUAGUGAAUGAAAUGAAGGAGGAGUUGGCCAAGGAAGACCCUGAUGAAGAGGUCCUUGAGGUCCAACUUAACCGUCUGGAAGGUUAUGCUGAAAAGAUGACGCAUUUUGACAAUGUGACUAUGGAUGCAUUAUUAGAUUCAAAUGCGACAGAAGAAGAAUUAAAUGAAGAGACAUUAUCAUGUGAGGAAUACAAUAAGAAGCUGGUGACUAUGAGGUACGCAUUACGUAGAUUUCUAUCGAAGAAAGACCGGUCAGCCAGCCCUUCUUCAGCCAAUGUUCGGAGUCUGGAGUCUACAUCCACCAGGGAUAAGAAGACGUAUCGACUGCCAAAGUUGGAGCUGAAAAAAUUUGGAGGUGAUCUCAUCGAGUGGUUGUCUUGGUGGUCACAAUUUGAGAAGAUCCACCUUGAUGAGGAUUUGGAGACUUCGGACAAGUUUCAAUACCUCGCCCAGAGCAUGAUGGUGGGAUCCAGAGCUAAGGAGCUGAUUGACAGUUAUCCAAUGACUGCUGCCAAUUACCACAAAGCGGUGCAAGCGUUGAAAGAAAGAUUCGGACGGGAUCAUCUACUGGUGGAGGUGUAUGUACGGGAACUACUGAAGAUGGUGAUCUCUAAUGUCUGCAGCAAGGACAAAUGCGACAUCAUGAAGAUGUAUGACAAGUUGGAGUCACAUCUUCGAGCUUUGGAUUCGCUUGGAGUGACCACCGACAAGUGUGCUGCCAUGCUGUUUCCAAUUGUGGAGUCGAGUCUACCCGAAGAAUUACUACGUGAAGUGCGCAAUGAGGAGAGGAUUUCGUUGGCACGUUCCGGAUUUGGCAUGACCAAGGACAAGAAGAUACGAUCAAGAGAAGAUGGUGGUGGUGACAAUUAUGCAACUUCUGCAGGACUCUUUUCUGGACAAAAGACAGAAUGUGCAUUUUGCAAAAAGCCCCAUCCCAGUCAAGACUGUUUCCGAGCGAAGACGUUGUCCUACGAUGUCAAGAGACAAAAGUUGCAGGAAAUGAAAUGCUGUUUUUCUUGUCUGAAAGUUGGACAUAAUGCAAAUAAGUGUCGAAAUCCAAUGAGAUGUCAAGUCUGUCAAGAAAAACACCCAACAGUGAUGUGUCCUGGACUAUCGAUCCCAAGGACAAGACCGGAAGUAGUACCACCACAAGCUGCGAUGUCAAAUCAACUGUGUCGUAAUGAUGUACUGCUACAAACAGAGCUUGUUCGAGUCAUUUGGAAGGGAAUAGAACACAAUAAAUACCGCAUUCAGAUAGAAAGUUUAAAUGGUCAUCAUCGAGAAUCACUGGAGGUGUUGGAUCGCGAUGAUAUCUGUGGUCUCAUCGCACGCGUUCCGAGUGGACCAUGGAUCAAAGAGUUAGCAAAUCAAGGCGUACAUUUGACUGAUUUCACUUCCGACAGUCCAGAAAUUGAGAUCCUGAUAGGCAGCGACUACUAUGGAAAAUUGAUGACCGGAAGAGUGGUACAGUUAAAGAGCGGACUCACUGCGUUCCAGUCUACAUUUGGAUGGUCAUUGGGAGGAAAGGUACCAAAAGAUAACAUUGGUAUGACGGUUACCUCACUGUUUUUGGCGUCAAUGGAUGAGUCGAAGCUGUGGGAUCUUGAUGUCAUCGGAAUUACUGACCCCGCUGAACAUCUCAACAAGAAGGAUCGAGACAAGGAAGUGAAGGAGCAUUUUUUGCAGUCAGUUUGUCGUGAAGAAGACGGGCGUUACUGUGUAUCUCUUCCGUGGAUGGAUGGACGUCCAAAUAUACCGUGCAAUAAAAAUAUUGCAGAAAGAAGACUUGUUUCUGCGACUGAGAAGAUUAUUCAGUCCGGAUACUACGACAAGUACGACGAGGUGUUUGAGUCGUGGCGGAAAGAAGGCAUUAUUGAAGAAAUUGAAGAUGAUGACGAAGUCUUCUCACACUACUUGCCACACCGUGCAGUGAUCAAACCAGAAAGCAUUACAACACCAAUUCGUCCCGUAUUUGAUGCGAGUUGCAAGACGAGACGUACACCAUCGCUCAACGAGAGUUUAGAAAAAGGUCCGAAUUUGUUGGAGCAGAUUCCGGACGUGCUGUUACGGUUUCGACGUGGACAAAUUGGAGUGACGUCGGACAUCCGAAAAGCAUUUCUUCAAAUCAAAGUGACACCGGAAGAUACAAACUACCUUCGUUUUCUAUGGUGGGAGGACUGGAGUAAAAAGAAACUGAAAAUCUUUCGUCAUCUUCGUGUCGUUUUCGGGGUAAACUGCAGUCCGUACCUUCUGGGAGCUGUGAUCGAACAUCACUUGAAGUCCGUAAAAACAGUGGAGAAAGACGUGGCUGAACAAUUGUGGAAAUCCCUGUACGUGGACAACUGUGUCAGUACCGUUUCUUCUGAGAGUGAGUUGGAGCACUUCAAGUCUGCUGCUACAAAAAUUAUGGAGGACGCCAAGAUGGAUUUACGUAUGUGGGAGUGGAGUCAUCAGGACAACUCUAUCACUUCAGUAUUGGGGAUGAAGUGCAACAAGGCAGAUGACACUUUAGGAUAUCAAGUGGAAGAAUGUGCACAACAACAAUUUACAAAAAGAGAAGUCUUGUCGUGUGCACAGAAAUUUAUUGACCCAUUAGGAUAUCUGUGUCCCGCGCUAAUCGUCCCAAAAAUUAUUCUGCAAGAAGCGUGGAGGAACAAAAUUUCUUGGGAUGAAAAUUUAGAUGAAAAUCUAAUUACCAAAUUUACUGUGUGGAUUAGUGAGGUGCCCUCAUUCCAAGAAAUAUGGAUAAAAAGAAACGCUUUUGGAGACGGAGAAGGAAAUAAGCAAAUACAUACAUUUGUGGACGCUAGCAAGUCGUCGUAUGCUGCUGCUGUAUUUUUAAGAGUGGAUAAUGAUGGAGAAGUCGACCUUCAUCUUCUUCAAGCACGGUCAAGAGUUGCCCCCAUUAAACAAGUAUCCAUUCCGAGGUUGGAACUCCUAGCGUGCACCAUCGGAGCAAGAUUGACAAAGGUGGUGAAGAAAGUCUUGUCAAUGGAGGAGGAGAAAACAUUUUUCAGGUCAGAUUCAUCUACAGCACUAGCAUGGAUAAGGAGAGAUGACAUCUGGGGAAAGUUUGUGGGAAAUCGUGUACGCGAGAUCUUGACCCUGAGCAAGGAAGAAGAGUGGCGUCACAUCCCGGGGACACUCAACCCAGCCGAUCUACCUUCUCGUGGAUGCAGCCCUGCCCAGUUACGAGAUUCGCGAUGGUGGGAGGGUCCACACUGGUUGAAACCGGAUGAAAAAUCAUGGCCAGUUGAAAAAUUUAUCACGAAUGAAGAAGAGGUCAUGUCAGAGAAGUUGAAGAGCCUAACCGUAAACCUGUUGACUUCAUCUGCAGACGUCCCGUGGUAUUGCAAGAAAAUUUUGUCAUUCAACAAAAUUGUCAACCUCAUGGCGUGGAUCUUGAGAUUUGUGGAGAAGACGAGGAAAACAAGUAAUUCAAAUGGACCACUCACUGUAGGUGAAUUAGAACAUUCAGAAAAGAAAUUGUUAAGUCUUGUACAAAGUGAAAGUUUCAAGCGUGGCGAGAAAACAAUCGCGAAUCUACGUGUCGUUUGGGAUACUGGUGACGGAAUUGCUAGAGUUCAAACUAAAUUACUCAUGAGAACAGACAUGGUCAAUUUCAAGACACCAAUAUUAUUGCCGGAAAAACACCCAUUCGUUCGUCUUCUGAUUCGCUACAUUCAUUUCAAGAGUGGACACGGAGGAACUCAAUAUGUCAUGGGUCAACUUCGCGAAAAAUAUUGGAUCAUUCGAGGACGGAAAGCUGUUCGUCAAGUGAUUACCAGUUGUGUAAGGUGCAGAAGAUUUAGUGCACAACACGUAAAAACUCCUGAAGCCCCGCUGCCAGAAGACCGAGUUCGGACAUCUGUGGCGUUUGAAAUUGUUGGAGUAGACUUGGCGGGACCACUAUUUCUCAAAGGAGGAACGAAAAUAUGGACCGUACUCUUCACUUGUGCCGUAUACCGUUGUGUACACUUGGAGUUGGUGAAAUCGUUGAGUACCGAAGCUUUCCUCAUGGCAUUUCAUCGUUUUAUUGACCGAAGAGGAACUCCUGCGGUCGUGUACAGUGAUAAUGGGCGCAAUUUCGUGGGCGUCUUUCGUCAACCUGUUUUCAUCCAUCAAUUGGGAUGA